AUGCAAACUAUAAAAUGUGUUGUUGUAGGAGAUGGUGCUGUUGGUAAAACUUGUUUAUUAAUUAGUUAUACCACAUCAAAAUUCCCAGCUGAUUAUGUACCAACAGUUUUUGAUAAUUAUGCUGUUACAGUAUUAAUUGGAGAUGAACCUUAUACUUUAGGAUUAUUUGAUACCGCCGGACAAGAAGAUUAUGAUAGAUUAAGACCAUUAAGUUAUCCAUCAACUGAUGUUUUCUUGGUUUGUUUCUCAGUUAUUGCCCCUGCAUCAUUUGAAAAUGUUAAAGAAAAAUGGUUCCCUGAAGUUCAUCAUCAUUGUCCUGGUGUACCAUGUUUAAUAAUUGGUACUCAAAGUGAUUUAAGAAAUGAUGAAGUUAUUUUACAAAGAUUACAAAGACAAAAAUUAUCUCCAAUCUCUUAUGAACAAGGAGAAAAAUUAGCAAAAGAAUUAAGAGCUGUUAAAUAUUUAGAAUGUUCAGCUUUAACUCAAAGAGGUUUAAAAACUGUUUUUGACGAAGCUAUUGUUGCAGCUUUAGAACCUCCUGUUAUUAAAAAAUCUAAAAAAUGUAAUAUUUUAUAG